CUGCCUCGGGAAGGCUGGAGGAUGAGCUGAGGCUCCGCGCUCCCUGUCUCCAGCGCUAAUCACAGGUGCUUUGGGUCUGGCCGGAAGCCCCCUUCCCUGCGCCCACUCCCAACCCAUUCCCUGUCCUGCUCCGCCCACCUAGCUGCGACCUGGCUCUGCAGGCUGGCGUCCCGGGCUGCCCGGGGUGUGGUGUCUACCUGAAGAACAUUUUACUUUAAAAGGGAAGAUGCUGUCUCCAAAUGAUAAAAAGUUAGAAAAGCUGGGGCCGUUCUAUCGACCUUCAGUGUCCAAGCAGAAGACCAGUGCAGAAAUCAUAAGUGAAGCUCGAAAUGCCUUGAGAACAGUUAGGGCCCAAAGGCCAUUCACACCACGGGAAGACCAAAGAAAACUAUUUGGACCUGCGUCUUCGAGGACACCAGAAGGUAGGCCUCCUUCCUGCUUCAGCCUCCACGCGGCCAGUUUUGAGUCAUCUGAUUCCAGACCCUUCUCUGGCGCACGUCUCAGUCCACUAGAGCUUAAACCAAAAGCUCCGACAUCUCCUGCCACAGAGGAGGAUCCCUGCCCUUCCUUUCCUACACCUCCGGUGGACCCUGCGAAGAUUCGCAGAAUAAGCCGAGCCCGGGCGCGUUUGUUCAGGGCCGCCUCCCAGGGGACUCUCCUGCCAGACAGAGCCCAUCCUCCCGCUGAGCCAAAGAAGACAGUGGAAUCCAAAGAAACAGUUCUAAUGGGGAAUUCUGUGGUGAAAAGAAAUGCGAUUUAUUUAACAGAAUCAAAUGCCACUGGCCACUUGAAGAGCCACCCACUUCAGCUAACUUAUGAUGGAGGCUUUGGUGAAAUCAAGGAGCAAGAAAUGUUCAUAGGGGCAACACCCUUGCCAUCUCCUCUCAGAAGUGGAGGGGACCAGGGGAAGAGGCGUGGGAGGGCCUCCUCGUGCCCCGACAGCUCAGACCUGAGCGGGCUGGAAACCAAAGCAGUCUCAAAAGCCGACUUGCAAGAAAAAGAUACAGAAAUAGAAAGGGACGAAGUCUUUUGGAAUACGAGGAUCGUACCAAUUUUGCAUGAAUUAGAAAACGAAGAAAACAUUGAAACGGUUUGUGCUGCUUGCACAGAACUCCAUCACGCUUUAGAGGAAGGAAACAUGCUGGGAAAUAAAUUUAAAAGAAGAAGUAUUCUCCUGAAGACCCUAUAUAAACUAGUUGAUGUUGGUUCAGACUUGCUCAGCCUUAAACUUGCAAAAAUUAUUCUAGCACUUAAAGUGAGUAGAAAGAAUCUUCUUAAUGUCUGCAAACUUAUAUUUAAAAUUAGCAGGAGUGAGAAGAAUGAUUCUCUGAUUCAAAAUGACAACAUUCUGGAAUCAUUACUGGAGGUGCUGGGAAAGGAAGACCUACAAACUAACACCGAAGCUUUUUUAUACUGUAUGGGGACUCUCAAAUUCAUUUCUGGAAAUCCAGGAUUUCUUAAUGAAAUGAUCAGCAAAGGCACUGUGGAAAUAUUGAUAAAUUUGAUAAAGCAAAUAAAUGAGAACACCAAGAAAUGUGGUACAUGCUUGCCUAAUUCAGGCCACUUGUUAGUCCAAAUGACUGCUACACUGAGAAACUUGGUUGAUUCGCCACUAGCAAGAAGUAAGUUACUGAGCAUCAGUGCCCUUCCCCAGCUCUGCACGGCGAUGGGACAGCACACGGGUGACAAGGAUGUCUGCACCAAUAUUGCCAGAAUAUUCAGCAAACUUACUUCUUACCAUGACUGCUGUGUAGCCUUGGCCAACUAUUCCAGAUGUUAUGCCUUGUUUUUGACUCUGAUAAACAAAUACCAGAAGAAGCAGGAUUUAGUCGUUCGUAUUGUUUUUAUUCUUGGCAACCUGACAGCGAAAAAUAACCAGGCUCGUGAACAGUUUUCCAAAGAGAAAGGGGGCGUCCCCACCCUGUUGUCAUUGUUCCAUACGUUCUACCAACUGGACCUGCAGUCCAAGAAGUGGGUGGGUGACGGAGAGGAGCAGCUCAAGGUGCAGAGGCCACCGACCCAGGCGGAGGACGUGCUCAUCAAGCUGACUCGUGUACUCGCCAAUUUAGCCAUCCACCCCGGCAUCGGCCCGGCCAUGGCCGCCAACCCACACGUAGUGGGCCUGCUCCUCGCCAUGCUGGAAUACAAGUCAGUUGAUGAUUGUGAAGAGCUGGUGAUCAAUACUACAGCAACAAUCAACAACUUGUCUUACUACCGAGUGAAGAACUCCGUAAUCCAAGACAAAAAGCUGUAUAUUGCUGAAUUGCUUGUCAAGCUUCUGGUGAGUAAAAACAUGGAUGGAAUCCUGGAGGCUGUGCGCGUUUUUGGAAAUCUCUCCCAGGAUCACGACAUCUGCGAUUUCAUUGUGCAGAAAAAUGUCCACAAGUUCCUGAUUGCCCUGCUGGGUGCUAAGCAUCAGGAGAUCUGCUUUUCUGCUUGUGGCGUCCUCCUAAAUCUCACCGUGGAUCAAGACAAGCGCAUCAUCCUAAAAGAGGGAGGUGGCAUUAAAAAGUUGGUGGAAUGUUUAAGAGAUGUGGGGCCUACCGAUUGGCAGCUGGCCUGCUUGGUUUGCAAAACUUUAUGGAACUUCAGUGAAAAUAUCACUAACGCUUCGUCAUGUUUUGGAGAUGAAGAGACCAACACCCUCUUAGUCCUGCUGCCAUCAUUUUUAGAUGAAGAGCUAGCACUGGGUGGCAGUUUUGACCAAGACCUAAAGAAUUAUCACAGACUCCACUGGGAAACAGAAUUCCAACCUGUGGCGCAGCAGCUUCUAAACCGAAUUCAGAGUCAUCACAGCUUCCUGGAAGCCCUGCCUAUUCCUUCUUCCUAACAUGGUGAAAUUAACAACAAACAGGAAGUCAGGUCUCCUUCAUUCUUAAGAAGUGGUAACAAACGUGAACAUUUUUUUUCAGUAUUAAGCAAUAUUGAAAGUUUUCAGGUACUGAUUUUAGUGAGUAGUCUAAGUAUUUUAAAAGAAAUAAGCAUUUCUUCUUGUUAGGUAUUAUGGAAAAAUGAAUAUACAUGUUGUACUUUCUGCUCGGAGCAAUGUAAGAUGAAAAUAUAUGCAUGGUUUUUCUAAGUAAAUGACUUUUUCUUCUAUUCUUUAUUAAAUAACUUAGUUCUAGUCUUAAAAUCCUGAUUUGACAAUUCUGGACUUGAAGCGCUUGUCAGUUCAGUAGUUAAAUGAACUGUGCACCGAAGACUAUUAGGCUUUGUGUAUAGAAAGAAUGGUGGUCAACACUAUUAGGAAUAUAUUUCCACAUAAGUAUCUGUGCUAAUUCUUAUGUCAUCUAGUAAUUUUCUGGGUUAGGUAUUUUUCUGGUUCUCAUAUUAAGAGGAGUAAGCAGAAAAACUUAAAGAAGACUGCUUUGAGCCAUCUACUCUAUUAAAUAAGCAAAAUAGAUGAAAAAGGGAGUAUUUUACCUCCUUCUUUUCAUUUGAAAUAAAAUGACUAGACUAUCCUUAUAAUUGUAACUCUCCGUGACUAGGGAGGUGAUAUCCUAGAAAGAGUGUAGGCUUAGGUGUAUGGCAGAUCUCAGUUGAAUGCUAGCUCUCCGCUGCUUGGGCCUUGGGCAAGUAACUUAAUUUCUUUAGCUUCAACUCUAAAAUGGGGAUAAUUCCUAUUUUAUUAUGGUGUAGUUUAGAAAAAAACCAUUAAAUGGCCAAACUGUCCAGUACAGUGUCUGAUGUGUAGUAGGUGUUCAAUAAAUUAUAACAUUAUGAUGGUAAUUAGUUUAUUAGUUUGCCAUUCUUUGUAGGAUAAGUUUGGCCUUUGAAUAAAUGAUAAGAACCAAAGAAAUUGAAAUUACUGUUGUUAUCCUAUACUAGCCAAAUGAAGAUUUGGAAAUAAAAGUAGAUUUACUACUCUG